AUGUUGUAUCUGUGGACGAGGAGAAGGGCACCGAUGCACCUGCUGAGGAUCUGGGAUCCGAGGCAUCCCCCUUCCAAUCCCUUUUUGAAGCCUACGCUCGGCACGGUGCAGACGCUGGAUAAAAACGCAAGAAACAAAAGGCUGCUGCAAAGCGCGCCGACAAGGAAGCUCAGAACGCCGCGGCCCUCGAAGCAGUCCUAUUGGAGACAAAACAUCAAGAUCGAGGAGGACCCCGAGCUGCCCCAAGCCAAACUUAUCAGUAUUGGAGAUACCGACCCAGCAAUCAUUGGGCAGCUACGCAAGACUGACGGACAAUCCCAGGAUGGAGUCCAACGCGUGCAUGUUCAGGGACGUGUUUACCGUGUCGCUAAGCAGAGCGGCCUGAUGUUCGCCAGAUUGCGCCGCGGAUUGGAUCUAAUUCAGCGUCUCUACGCGGGCAAUCUCGCCAAGACGUAUGAUGCCUUGACCCUCGCACGAGAGACUUCUAUGGAAGUCUUUGGGGAGCUCCGCGAGGUUCCAGCUGGGCUUCGUGCGCCAUUGGAUCGCGAAUUGCACGGCAAUUACUUUCGUACCAUUGCAAAGGCGCCCGGAGGUGAUGAAACUUUUGCCACCCGAGUCCCUGAUGACGGCGACUUUCCCACACUGCUCAACGUGCGCCAUCUUGCGCUCAGGCAAGACAAACCCAGUGCCGUCAUGUUUAUCCGAGAUGUACUCGAGUCCGCCUCCAAUACGGUUUAA